AUGCUCCACAGUUUACGAGCUAGAGACAAGGGCCAGAUUGCUAGUUUUAGCCGGGAAGAUAGUGCGGAAUAUGUCGAAUAUGUCUCACAGGAGGCUCAUCGUUUACUUGCAAAAUUCACACAAUCCUCCAAUCUGCCACAAGAACAAGAACAAGCCUGCUCAAAUACCGUUACCCAUGGUCAUACGGUGUUCCACUCGGGAAAAGUCAACGAUGUCUGGCGAACACCACGAAGUGCUCCAGAGGCAAAAGAGGCAUCUAUCAAAACCCCCUCUUCAAAGCAAACAAAUCGACUGCCUAAUCACUCAUCUUCCCACCCUGCCCUAGAAGAUAAUGACCAGGCAGAUUUGCAAAAAGAAUGGGCCGUGAGGAAUCCAUACCAGAAAAAGGUAGAAGAUCCCUCAUUGCCAGGUUUGCCUGUUAAUGCAAUUCCUGAUACAGACUCGUCAGCCUUGCAACCAUUGGGACAGAGUGUCAUCAUUGCUCCCUACCCUCCGAACCAGAUUGUCGACCUGCAUAUGUCCCCUUUAGAUUCUAGAUCCUCUUCAACCCCCUCUGGAUCACUCUUGCAAAGCCCUGACAUCCUAGCUCCCAGGCGCUCGGGCAGGGCCAAAAAAAAACCGAUCACCUACAAUGUACGUGCGUUACUUGGGUUGGAAUCCAAUGAGACCCCAAAGAGUCCUGGAGAUUCAUUGCACCGGGCCUCCCGAGUCUCCUCGAGACUGCCCUCUGAACCAUUGCUCUCUCCAGAUUCUCCCUUGGUAUCAGAUCUGCCCAAGAAAAACCCCCCUGGCACGGAUUUUAAUAUUCGAAAGUUGUUGUGGGAUCGGGAAUUACGCGGUUGCAGUCAUAGCAACCGGAUUCGCACAGCCAUGACAUCGGAUCUCAGGCCAUGGAAGUCAUGGAAAGGCGCUUCGAAUGAUGUAGUGGCUCUUGCCUGGUCGCCUGAUUCCACCAAGUUCGCGGCGGGAGCGACGGCUCAACCGGAUGAAUACAAUCGAAAACACAAUUUGCUCCUGGGCGACCUUGUCAACAGUGCCCUGUACGAGCUUCCAGAUCACUGGACCCCUCGCCCUCCUUCAUCAACUGCUACUGAAGAGCGCCUAUACACCAGUGUGGCUGAUAUGCAAUGGGUUGGUGACCGACUUUACACUGCGAGUUACGACAAUACAGUCAAAAUUUGGGAUGCCGCUGGUCAACAUCCUUCCUGCCUUCAAACCUUGGAGCAUAGCUCCAAAGUUGUAGUGAUGGCACUUUCAAAAUCGAAGCCAAAUCUCAUUGCCACUGGAACCGAUAGUUUUCAUCUCUGGGACGUCCAGAAGGGCCAGGCUCCUACUUGUGUGGAUAUGUCUAUUGUUCGGCACCCCCGCCAAAAAAGUAUUGAUCUGGCACCCACAACCCUUGCAUGGGGUCAUACGGCAUCAACAAAUCAUGUUCUAGUUGGUGGCAUGGCCGAGCGAACUCUAGAUGAGUACAAGGUUCCCAACCACGGUCAUCUAGCGCUGUGGACUAUUGGCCAGGGCUCAGUGACACCACGAAAGCUUGUACCUGACUCCCAGAACGUCUUUGACAUAAAAUGGCAUCCAUUCUUGCCAAAAUUUGCUGCUGCAACUACCUAUAGCCAGGCAAUGCAGCUUCCAUUGAAGACGCGAACUGUUCUCCAAAUAUAUGACUGCAUAGACGGCAAUUACACCUUCACUGGCCGAUUUCCCUGUCCAGCUGCAGAUGUGAAUGAAACGAGUUUCUGUCCAAUGGAUUCGACCUACAUCACUGCCAGCUGUACGGACGGUCGCACGUAUGUUUGGGACGUCCGUUUUCCCGACGAUAAAAGUAUUCUUCAACUUUCACACGGCACUCCGCUCCAUCCACUCAGUCAUAAGCAACCCCGGGAGCUGACUGAUUAUGGUGUCUCUGUCGCUCUGUGGGGAACAUCUAUGGAUCAGUUCUAUACGGGUGGCUCUGAUGGGUUUUUGAAACAAUGGGAUAUCCGUCGAGCCCCAGAAGACGCGUUAGUGGCCAACAUUGCCAACUUCACCGAGGGUAUCACAAGUGGAGCGUUUUCGGAGGAUAAAUCCCACCUUCUUAUCGGGUCUCAUGGUGGAGGCAUUCGGGUGUUGUCUACCGGGCCUUGUUCCGAUCCCGAAAAGUUAGGGUUUGAGUUCAAGAGUGCCCCCGAACCGCCCACUCGGGAUAUAUCUGGCCGCGAGGCUAGUAGAGCGCUCAUAUCUAACGACGAGAUCGAACGGCAUCCGAUAUACGGCCCGGGGCAGGGACCUAACUACCAAGGCCCUUAUGCUCGUUGGGCACGGGAUAUCUCUGAGGAUACACCCCUUGACCAAGUGAGCCGAUUCCCUCUCAAGGAUGAAUACCAACUUCGUCAGCUUUGCGGGCCAAAGGGGCAAAACCAGGGUGAACUCGAUCUAAAUGCGCAACGUGAACUCAAGAAGCAAAGACAGGCUGCUACAAUACGAAACAGUCUGCGCAAUAAUUCGCCAAGGGAUAAGCCCAAGUUCGAUACAUUUACAGCUACGGACCGAAAGAAGAGAAAGAAGCAGAAUGAUGAGAAAGAUAGGGAGAAGCGAAAGAAGCGGCGCCAUGGGCCGGUGGUCAGUAAUGUUGAAGUGGUUCAUAUUGACCUGACCGGUGAUUCCCCAGAACCCGAGUCAGCCAACUCGAUCUUGAUCCCAAAACCUCCAAGGCGAGGAACACUCCCCAGACUUCCAUCUUCUACUGAGAACCUGGAAGAUGGCCUUGAAGAUGACCAUUGGUGGCCAGAUAGUGGCUGUUAUGAUGCUAAUAUUUGUGAUAGCGACUGA